CCGGAGCCGAGGAGAAGGGCAGGAGACCGGAGGGUAACACUCAGCUCUGCACAAAUGAGUUGUGAAUGUUGCUGCAACAAAUAUGACUUGGCACUUGAUGGCAGCUGAAGCCCCACAAAACAUGAUCUUUCGUGUCAUCGAGGCAGACCGUGUUAGAAAAUUAAAACUCAGCUCCCGUCCAGCCUCUGUUGAUGCAGUGAUUGAGAUUUUAAAAGAACAACUGGAAUUGGACUGUGACUUCAGUUUGCAAUACAAAGAUCCAGACUUUGAUGGAAAACUCACUUGCCUUGUUGACAUCGAGGAGUUACCACAAAAAGCCUGUGUUCAUAUUUCAGUUAGACAGGAUUCCAGUUCUCUUGCAUCAACUGAUACCCUUUCAGAUGUGUCAUCCCCAGAACAUCUGAGCAGAUGGCCUCCAGGUCCUUUACAAAUUCCCACAUUUGCAUUUGACGUUGAGCUGACACUUAGAGAUGGGAAUGCUGAAUUUGAAAAGAAUGAGAGACCUCUUCAGUUGUCAAGGGACCAAAAGCACAAUAUUUUAGACAAACUGGCAUCUACCAUAUAUGGUUUUAAGGCUUACCCCAGUGAUAAAGAGAUAGCAAUGGUGGCUGAAGCUCUUGUGAGGAAACACCCCUGUUUAAUAGAAGCAGGAUCUGACAAUGGAUGGGAUGGCUGGAAAAACAGCAUCAAGUUUAAAAUGGGCAAUUACAGGACCAAGAUGAGAAGGGCUGGAUGUCAGGAGGUCGCUGUAAAUGCUGGGAAAAGAAGCCGAAAAAACCCUGAGAAUGAACCUUCACACUCCAACAUCAAAAGGCCUAAGUGUGCAGAGGUCAACUUUCUGCCUAACUUUCCUCAAGGAGAGGAUCCCUCAAGCCUUGACCUUUUGAGGCAGGCUAUUGUCGAGGAAGUAAAGAAGACUGAGAGAAACCUAUCCCUUAUUAGUAAGAUGAUGCAGAACACGUUUGCCUUGCGACGACAGAUUAUUGUAAUGUCCUGCCCACCGGUGAAAGAGCUAAUGGACCUCUGGCCUGCUCUUCAUAUGCAGUCUGAGGAAUUACAUGAUGUCCACACAAAGGCGUACCACUGUUCUCCAUGCCCUUCCUGAUUAUCUACUAGAGGAAGUCUCUGUAUUUUUCAGAACAUGUGUGGAUGAUAUGGAUGAGCCAGACCUGUGGGAUGCAUCAGUGGUCCUCCUUACAACAGUCAGUGAUGAUGCCACAAGCCCAGUUCACUACCACCCAGUGAGAGUCUCUGUCGUCCUAGAGGGUGAUGUGGUUGUCAAUCUCCCCAGGCUUGCUGAUGCCUUCCUGGUAAUGUUCGGCCUGAUUUAUGCACUACAUCUCAGCUAUCCCAAGGGACUGACAAACACUUUUGAGUUCACACAGAAAAUCUUGCUUGGUCUUGAUGACUCUAAACUGUCACCCAAGCUACAGACUCUUAAAAAUGAGCUGAUGUUGUAUGUGUAACUGAAGAUCCAAAAAGGAGUGGUGGAUUCUGAUGGCUCACUCUGUUAGAGCAUAAUCCAUAAUGAGAAUAUGUCAUGUCAGGUCCAUGUUGAAUACUGUUCAACUGUUUAUGUUAAAGUUGCUGCUCUACUCAACUGGUUUUCAGCCAAAUGGCACAAAGUACACACUGUCUUUGUACGUUUUAAUGUACAUUUUAUUGUUGUUAAAACUGAAAUUCAGGGUUGAAUUAAGUGUUUAUAUAUGGAGGAUAUUUUUAUUCAUAAUUCAAAUUGAAAGGCCAAAGGGAAAACGAAGCGAGAUCAAAUUAAAAAUAUUAUUAUUUUACUACACUACUAGGAAAAAUCAUGCCAUAAUUAAAUUUAAAAAGUCAAAUUUAAAAUGCAAAGCUUCAACUGUCAGCUGGAAGUCGUUUCAGACCCUCCCACCAGCCGUUGGGCCAUGCCUCCUCAUUUAAAUUGACACCUGUCACUUCUAAAUGAAAAGCUUAAAUCAAAAUGUAAAAGGUGAAUCUGAAAAUGUCAAUGUCAAAUGUAAAACGUAAAAUUCAAAAGAUAAAAUGUCAAAUUGAAAAUUAUAAAGGGGAAAGGCUAAAAUAAAACAAUUAUAUUUUAGAUUUUAAUUGAAGUAUUUCCAUUUUAAGCUUUUACAUCAUACAUUUAAUUAUGGCAUGAUUUUUCCUAGUAGCGUAGUAAAAUAAUACUAU